AUGAAAAGCGAGAUAGAACGGAUGUCAGAACGACCCAGGGACGAGGCUGACGGGCCGGCAUGGUGGCCUCCUCCACACAUGGGGUACAGCUGGUGUUGCUCCAAGAGGAGGGGCAACUACGCAGUUAUUCCAUUCAGGACAAACGGACGUAGCCAGUGGAAGCCAGGAGUGGAGGACGGAGGACGGAGACCACGGAGGAAGGGAAAAUGGAGGGAGACGGAACGGACCGAGGAAAACGGAACACGGAGGAACGGAACGGAUGGAAAUGGAGGAGACAACGGAGGAACGGAGGAACGGAACGGAACGGAAAACGGAACUGCCGGAGCCGGAGGAGGAAGGAUGGAACGGAACGGAGGCCGGAAACCCGGAGCGGAGGAUGGAGAGGAGGACGGAGACCCGAGGAAUACCGGAAUGGAGGGAGGAAACGGACGGAUGGAAGGAGGGGACAGGAGGACCGGAGGAACGGAACAACGGACCCGGAGGAAGCCGACCAUAAAGAACACGGAAGGAGAUGGAGGAACGGAUGGAGGAGGAAGGAAAAACGAUGUGGACAGUGGACAAGGACCGGAGGAAGACCAACGGAGGUGGAGGACAGGAGGAAGGACGGAUGAAAGGCAUGAAGGAAGGGUGGAGGACGGACAGAGGAAGGAGGACCCGAGGACACGCACCGAAGGACACCCGAGGAGGGCAUGGAAUGGAGGAGGAAGGCAUGAUGGAGGACAGGGCAUGAAGGAAGGAGAGGCACACGGAACAGGACAGGCAUGGAAUGGACAGGACAGGUGGAAGGAAUGGUGGACAGGAGGAGGAGGGUGGAGGAUGGACAGGAGGAUGGAAGGAUGGACAGGUGGAGGCAUGAAGGAGGACAGGAGUGGAGGAAGGAGGACAGGUGAGAGGAAGGUGGAUGAAAGGAGGACAGGAGGGAGGAGGUCAAGGAAGGAGGUGGAGGACAGAUAG